AUGGCCCAGGAGGAGGAGACAGGUGUGCGGAAUAAAGAGGCCCUCCGAGACCUGACGACGGAGCGGGGCGUCCUCCUCGAGAUCAAGCGCGAGAUGACGAAGCUCAAGCGCAAGUGCAGGGUUUUGGAGGGCCAGUGGGUGGAGCAGCCACGAGUGCUGCUCACGCGGCUCGAGAACCAGUGCCGCAGCCUUCGGCUGAGCGUGGAGGUAAAGAUGAGCGAGAUAGAAGUGGCGCGACGGAGACUGGCCGAUGCCAACCGGCGCUGGCGCGCCAAUCGGACCCAAAAGGAGCCGACCCUGGUCGACCUGGAGAUUCAGGCUUAUGACAUAAGGCGCGAGCUGGCCAUGAGCGUGCUGCGCUACGUGCGCAAGGAUCGUCAAGAAGCCCUGGUCAGCGGCUCACUGCGCUUGCUCCUGCGGUGCCCUUCGGGGCGUAAGAAGUGGAGGGGGACUUUUAUGUCAUUUUUCCAGGCUCCGCGGAUGAAAUUCGGAGAAUUCGGAGUUUGGGCUGCAGAAUGGAGUGUGCAGCUGGCGUUGCGGUCCUAG